AUGAAAGAAAGUUGGACUCUCUGGACAGCAUACUGACUAACAGCUGGACUAUCAUUUGUCAGACUUAGCCUGUAGACAUUUCUGAUUCUGAUCCUAAGUUCGUCCAAUAUUUGACGCAUCCAACAUCAUCAUGGCUGAGUCCAGUUUCCCUUUACCUCCAGAGGAUUACUGUCCACUCUGUGUGGAUACGCUGAGAGACCCGGUCACCAUCCCCUGUGGUGACACCUACUGUCUGGAGUGCAUCAAGAUCUACUGGGACCAGUUUGACCACACGGGUGUGUACAGCUGCCCGCAGUGCCACUCCACCUUCACACCACGGCCCGUGCUGAGACGCAAUCUGCCCGAUGUAAGCCACGAGCCGCGGCGCCAGCUCCCGGAGCUCACCCCUUUCCCAUACAUGCAGCGGGAAUCCUUCUGCGACUUCUGCGUUGGUCGUCGCAAGAAGGCCGUGAAGUCGUGCCUCAUGUGCCUGGCCUACUACUGCGAAACGCACAUCAAGCCACACUACGAGUCGUCCACCUUCAAGAGACAUAAGCUGGUGGAUGAGACGGGCCACCUGGACAGGAAGAUCUGCCCCCAGCAUGAGAAAGGCCUGGAGCUGUUCUGUCGCUCUGACCAGAUGUGUAUCUGUGUGCUGUGUACUGUCAAAGAGCACCGCGGCCACAACAUUACCUCAGCGGAGGAAGAGCGCAUCGAAAAACAAAAAGUCCUGGUGGUCACCCAGACUGAGGUCCAGCACAUCAUUCAAGAGAGGAUGAAGGAGCUGCAGGACCUCAAACACAAUGUGGAUGUUCUCAAAAGUGCUGCCCAGCGAGCACAGGCAGAAACUGAUAAGACCUUCCACGAAAUGCUGCAGGCGGUGGAGCGCUGGAAGGCUGAAAUCCAUCAGAUGAUAACAGCCAACAUGCAGUCGGCGAUGUCUCAGGCUGAGGGCUACUUGGACCGUCUGGAGCAGGAGAUACUGGAGCUACAGCGCAGAGAUGCAGAGCUAAGGCAAAUCCUCGAAACAGAGGACAACAUUCACUUUCUGCAGAAUUUUCCGACCCUGUGCGUUCCUCCUGUGGCCAUGGUGCCCAAAGUGCUCAUCAACCCUCAGUUCUCCUUUGGAGAGAUGAGCAAGACGGCCACCGAGAUGAAGGAACAUCUGGACAACAUCUGUAAGACGGAAUUGAGCAAAAUCUCAAAGACAGUUAGUGAAACCCCCGUGUAUAUACUUCUGCCGAGAAAUGGAGAGAAACGACUCAAAGUUCCUUCCAGAGUUGAUUUUCAGGAGCCAAAAACCAGGACGGACUUCUUAAGAUACUGCUCCAAGAUGUCCCUGGAUCCAAACACAGUAUACAAAGAGCUGGCCCUGUCGGACGGGAACCAGAGGGUCACAAGGAGGAAAGCAGUCCAGUUUCAUCCAGAUCACCCAGAACGCUUUGAUGGCUUCUCCCAGGUGCUGUGCAAAGAGCCUCUGACUGGGUUCAGAUUUUACUGGGAGGCCGAGUGGAGCGGGGAGUUUUCCAUCGGGGUGGCCUACAAGAGCAUCAGUCGCAAGGGGAAGAAUUCCCACAGCCUGCUGGGCUACAACCACAAGUCUUGGAGUCUUCUCUGCUCCGACUCGGGCUACUCUGCCUGGCACAAUAAAGUAGACAGAGACCUUCCUGAAGCUCCCAGGGCCACACGAAUCGGCGUGUACCUGGAUUAUGCAGGCAGCACUGUGGCCUUUUACGCAAUAACAGAGACUAUGGAGCUUAUCCACAGAUUUAAAGCUCAGUUCAGUGAGCCUUUGUAUGCUGGCUUUGGUGUGGGCUCCUCUGUUACCCUCUGCCCGCUGAAGCAGAAGCAGAAUCCCACGCCUUACUGAGAUGUACAGGUACUGUUAAAUACUAGCUGAACAGUACAAUGUAAAGUAAUUGUCUGCGUAAAAAUAUUUAUAUAUAAUAUUUUAAGGCUAUUAUUUUGAAUACAUAUGUCAGGGUUUUUGUUUCAUGCAAGUUCCUGUUGGGAGAAAUAUAUAUUGAUGUACACCCUAAGUAACAAUGCAAUCUUCUAAUAACAGAAGGCCUAUAUUCAAUUGGG